AAAAAAAAGUCGGAAAUAAUGGCACACAUGGUGUUCCGUAUAAAUUAUUAUCAAAUUAACUCUGUAAAGUCCUUUGUGGCUAAGAAAUGUUUUUUUAUGAUUUUGUUAUUUAUUUAUUUUUUUAAAUAUUUUUUUCUUUUCUAAUUUACAACACAAUUUACACCUUAAAAUGUUUUUUGGAGCACAAAUAAAACAAUAUAUUAAUUGUAUUUUUUUUUUGCCUUAAAAAAAAAUUGAAGGAAAUAAUUGCACACAUGGUGUUCCAUACAGGAGUGCGUAAAACAACAGAGCUGCAGAAUCCUGAAUCCAGCAAACGAGAACUCCAUGUCCUUGUUUUGCGCUGAUCCGUGGGAGCAACAUGCAGCUCGCACCACUGCCUCACACUGCUGCAGUGGAGGAGUAAAUGCGGAGCCUAGUGCUGCUCCAGGUGAUCCACAGCACCCCAGCAGACUGCUCCCUCCUCAGCCUCCCCUCUCCUCCACUUCCUCCUUCCUCCUUCUCCACCUCUUCCUCCUUUUCCUCCUCCACAUCCUCCUCCUCCUCCUCAUCAGCCUCCUGCCGGUGCUUCGUUCCUUUGAGGGCUUUGGAUGAAACAUAAGAAAAGAAGCGAAAAUCCUUGUCUCCCCCCUCCGUUCUCAGAUGUGACACACCUCUACUUGACUGUCAGCCGCUUCCCCGUCUUCGUGUGAAAACGCGCCGCAUAUGUGCUCCAAUGUCUCUGGAACAUAGGCUCUCUACAGGACCAGCAGUUAUCUACUUGGUCCCCACCUCGGAAAUUCAAUGAAGGCAGACAUCUCCCUCCUGCCAGGAACAUGAAGGGCUUAUCGGGCAGCCGUUCACAGCACCAUAUUCCUUUAUCCCACGGCUUGGACUAUGACCCUCACGUCCACGACCCCCACGCUCACCAUGGCUCGGACACCCGCUACCUGUCAUACCUGCUCAGCCCCACGGAGAGCUGCCCCAUUGACUUCCACCACCGCUACUCGCCCCGGAGCUCCGUCCAUUCCGACCGGAUGAUGAUGGCCCCCGUCACCAUGCCCCCACCUGCGGUGUCAGACCACAUCUCCAGCAGCACCUUCCCUAGAAUGCACUAUAGCUCUCAGUACUAUGACUCGAUCACACGCGACGACUGCGCUGCCAUUACAGCCUCCGCCACCUCCCCAGCUGUCGCUGCGGCUGCAGCUGCGGCAGCUGCUUCCUCGCACCAUUCAAGCACCAAGAGCAACCGCCUCCCUGCAAACCUGCUAGACCAGUUCGAGAAACAACUGCCAUUGCAACGCGACGGCUUCCACACGCUACAGUACCAGCGGGCCUCCACAGCUGCAGAGCAACGGAGCGAGAGUCCCGGCCGCAUCAGACACCUGGUUCAUUCUGUGCAAAAGCUUUUCACUAAGUCUCACUCCUUAGAGGGGUCAUCCAAGAUGAACGGCACAAAGGGGGAUAUAAUGGGAGGUGGCGGAGGGGGAACAGGGGGUUAUUACCAUCACAGUCACCACUCCUCCAAACAUGGCAGCAAGAGAAGCAAGAGUAAAGAGCGGAAGCAUCGGUCAGGUGGCUGGUGGAGCUCGGAUGACAAUUUAGAUAGUGACAGCACCUACCGCCCACCUAGUGUCAUGUCACGACACCAUGGAGAACACGUCGAUCACUGUUAUCCAGAUUCCAUGCACAGCCAUCACUUUGGAGAGAUGUCGCUCAAAGGUUCUAAGAGUAACAAUGACGUCAAGUGUUCGGCCUGUGAGAGCAUGGCCAUGGCGCCAGAGGGCAAAUACAUGAAGAGAAGCUCAUGGUCCACUUUAACUGUCAGCCAGGCCAAGGAAGCAUAUAGGAAGUCAUCCCUCAACUUAGACAAACCCAUGAUGCACACAGACCUCAAAACGUCAUCAAGAACGCCUCAUUACCUUCAGGUGCCCCAGGAUGACUGGGGAGGAUAUCCUGGUGAAAAAGACGAGGAGAUCCCAUGCAGGCGCAUGCGGAGUAGUAGCUACGUCAAAGCUAUGGGAGAGGUGGACGAUGAAAGUGGGGACUCUGACACCAGUCCGAAGAUGUCCCCUGUCUCAAAAACUGUUCGCCCUGAUGCCCUUGUCCUCAAAUCAGCAAUGCAGAGACCCCAUUUAGACUCUCAAAGCCAGGGUUAUCACUUGCAAACGAGAGAUAUGCGAUCCCACCCAAGUGUCACGCUGAAUCCUGCCACCUCCUUUCAUCCUCCGCCUUUCCGAUCUCGCAAUCAGAGCUACAUGCGCGCCGUCAGCACCCUCAGCCAGGCUAGCUGCGUCAGCCAGGUGAGUGAGACUGAGAUCAAUGGCCAGUUUGAGUCAGUUUGCGAGUCCGUUUUUAGUGAAGUAGAAUCCCAGGCUAUGGAGGCCUUGGACCUGCCUGGUUCGUUCCGCACACGAAGCCACAGUUACCUCCGUGCAAUUCAGGCUGGUUAUUCCCAGGAUGAUGACUGCUUGCCUUCAAUGACAUCCUCCACUGUCACUUCAACUCUCAGAUCCACAACAGGGACCCGUAGCUUAGCUGGGGGGCGUAGAGAGUACGGUAGGUCUGGGAUUCAGUUUCGUCUCCCAACUGCAUGCAGCGUGGACCGUGCUCAACCACCUCCAGUGGUGUCAUAUCCACCAAGUUACAAGAAGACUCCACCUCCUGUGCCCCCACGCGCCACCACCAAGCCUCUUAUCUCUGUGACAGCCCAGAGCAGCACAGAGUCCACCCAAGAUGCCUACCAGGAGGGCAGGCAUCCGCGAGGCGGUCUGUGGACCACAGACAGCCUCGGCCGCCCCGUCUACAGCUCCAUGGACAGCCUCGACAGCACCAAGGCGGUCACCAUGGUCAUGGAGACAGCAGCAAGCAAGAGGCACGCGUCUUUAGGCAGCCACACGUCUGUGCAGACAUGUGACAAAGCAGUGCUGGUGUCCAAGGCUGAGGAGUACCUCAAAACCCCACGUUCUUCUAUUGGUAUACAAGUGGAACCUGCAACAGACACAGAGAGUGAAAAUAAAGGUCUUCCUCAGUUCCAUUCUAUAGGGAUCCAAGUGGAAGACAAGAAACGACGUGGAAGAUUCAAGCGCUCCAACAGUGUGACCACUGCAGUCCAGGCAGAUUUGGAGCUAGAGGGCUUUCCCUCCAUGGAAGACAAAGGUCUGCAGUUCGGUGGCGGCUUUGGUCGCCACUCUGAGCCCAGCACUCCGACUCAGUACGGAGCCAUCCGAACGGUGCGUACACAGGGCCUGUUCAGUUACAGGGAAGACUACCGACCUUCCAGUCGGCCUACCAGCCCGCAACCCGAUCCCUGGCUGGUGGAGCCCAGCCUGGAGAGCACGGACACGGGCCGAGUGUCGCCACUUCGCAGGGAUGGGAGCUGGUUCAUGCAACUCCUUCACAAUGAAACCAAGAGGUUGGAGGGAUGGUGCAAGGACAUGGAGCAAGAAGCAGAGGACAAUGACCUGACGGAGGAAAUCUUAGGAAAAAUCCGAAGUGCUGUUGGAAGUGCCCAGCUUUUAAUGUCUCAAAAGUUUCAGCAAUUUUACUGGCUGUGCCAGCAGAAUCUGGACCCCAGCGCCAUGCCCAGACCCACAUCUCAGGACUUGGCUGGAUUCUGGGAUCUUCUGCAGCUUUCCAUCGAUGAUGUUACUGCCAAGUUUGACGAGCUGCAGGAGAUCAAAAAUAACCAGUGGAAUCUGUUAGAAAGCCCCGAGAAGAAGGAACAGAAAUGGCCACCACCUCUGCCAAAGAGACCGGUCAAGGGGCGUGGCAACGUGAUGCGCGAGCGCUCUCUGGACCUGCAGGACCGGCAGCGGCAGGAAGCCCGCCGACGCCUCAUGGCCGCCAAACGAGCCGCCUCCUUCCGACAGAACUCGGCCACAGAGAGAGCGGACAGUAUCGAGAUCUACAUCCCCGAAGCCCAGACUCGUCUUUGAGGUCUCAUCUCCACCUUCACCACCACGCCCAUACCACCAAAUCCAGCACUCUCCGUCACCACUGCUGCCGCCCUUAAAGUCUUUGUUUUGUCAGCUUCAAAAAGAAAUGGGGAAGAAGGCGGAGAUGCUGAGAUGGUAGUAAACCCACUCCUUUUUAUACUGAGAUGAUUAGUAGGAUUUUAAUUACACUCCUCUGGAGCACUGAAAUGUCCAUUCUCGAGGGACUUUUUACACUGAAAAGAAAAAGAAUUACUCAAAACUCACACAAAUGAAGUGAAGGUAGAAUUCCUGUAGAUUUAGCACUUUUAUAAUAGUGUCGUUGACCACUGCUGCUGGUUAAAUUCAGCUUAAGAUCCCAAAUCGUCAUUUUUUAAAUUAUUUUUUUUCAUUCUCCCCAAAAAAAUGAUAAGAGUUUGGGACUAAUUCUAUCAUUUCUUUCCAGUUGGAUGCAUUUCAAUUGCAGAACAAAUAUGAAUUAUUACCUGAAGAGAGUUUUGCACAGCCUGGCUGUGUGGAACAAUGCAGUUUUGCACCUUACAAUAUUCAUGUUUGUAUUUCCAAGGGAAAUGUAGUUUAUGAAGCUCAUGUGAUAAUGUUGCAGUUGAAAUGCAAGAACAGAAAUGGAAAAAAAAAACCAGAAUUUCAUAUUUCAUAUUGCUCUAUGGGUCAUAGAAACUGCACCUUGUUUAUUUAUUUUCAUUGUGUAAAUUAUUGUGAUUCUUAUUCUAUUUAGAGAAUCAAUCAUGUGACCAAAAUCACAAUCUGCAGUAAACAUUUCUAGUAAAAAAUACUUGUGAAAAGAUUAUUUUGAAAGUGCAUCUACUCUGGUGAUGAGGCGGAUGUUUCCUUCGUUUUGCUCACAUAGGAAAGACAGGUGCAACAGACACUUUAACGAUGUUCAUUUAUCCUAGUAAAUGGUGCUGCUUUUUACUCUAAAACUGUUGUCCUUUACCCAGUCUUGUGCACACACACAAACACACACACACAUAGACACUUUUUUAAGUACUUCUAAUAUGGUGCACGCGCUCUCCCGGUGACUUUCAAAGUGAUGAAACGAGUUUUAUGGUCUCUAAAACAAAAUGUGUUCCAGGACUUUUGCUCAUCAGAUGGAAACGAUUACAGGCGAUGACGUUACAUUAAAGGAAAAUCUAAAACAUCAUCUUUGGCCAAAAGAUAAGUACAUUAUAGUGCCUGUUCAUGUUUCUUUUUUUUUCUCAUUCCUUAACCUGAAUACAACAUCUGAAACCCGACGGUUGAUGUAUUCUCUUGUUUUGCGAUGAUUUUUGGUGGGAUUUGCUCAGCUCACCUGGAGGACUGUUUCCCUUCUGGACAGGUGUAAAAAACUCACCUUUACCUGAUGGCCUUACUCAAACGCUCAUGAAUGUAGAGAUCAUUUUGUUCACUUAGAAAAAUGUCUGAUUUAACUUAAACUUAAUUCAAUUAUUUAUUUAAUUAAACUUUUUAUUUUGAAUUUGCUAAAUUGAUUUUUUAUUAAUAUCAUCAAUUUAAAAGUAAAAAUAACAAUAAAGGAUCAAAUUAAAUUUAGUUUUACAACUAAUUUGAUGUUUUCCACCUAAAAUCUAUAAUCUUAAUUUCACAAACUUAACUUAUCCAAUGAAUUUUACCGUACAAAACUAUAAAUUAAUAUAUAUUUCUAAUUAUUUUAAGAUUUUUUAAAGAUUACAAAUUCUAUAAAUUUAAAAGCAACAGCUUUAAAACUGACUUAACUGGCUAUUUAAAUUUUGUUUUUUAGGUUUUAGCUUUAUAAUCCAAAUGAUAAAUAAUAUAAUUAAGUUGCAAAUACUGUAAAAUAUUUAUUUACAAAUAUAAACUGGUUUACUGUGUAGGAUUUAAGAAUGACUGCUGUGAAAAAUUACUGCUAUUGGACAUUUAAAAAGAAAAAAGAAAGAGAUGUAUGUAAAUGUAUUAUUUAUGCUAGUUCUUAUCAUCGAUUGCUUUAUUUUUUGCCUAAAAUCUGUCUUCAUUUCUCUGUCAUGUCAUUAAUAUAAGUUUUUGGUAAGAAAAAGAUAACAUUUUCUAACUCCUGCUGCUUAUACUUCAUUACUGUGCAGUCAAAAUGCUCAUUUUAUUUACUUUUUCUUGGCAUAAACAGAUUUAAAUGGUAACAUUAACAUAAAAAUAUAUCUAAAAAGUUAAUAUUCCAAUCCAUUUUGAAACUAUACAGUUUUCUUUGUUUUUCCAUUCAGAAAUGGGUCUAAGAGUCAAUCGAUAUUUAGAUUUACACAUUUUUUUUCUAAAUUUGGACUGCCAUUUUUUUUAUUUUUAAGAGAGAAAGACAGUAAGCUAAAGGGCUUAAGGCAGCAUUAUUUUAAAUCAUUACUUUAACAAUAUAUUACACAGAUUAGGAACAUGUGGUGAGAGAUUAGGAAUCCGUAGAUUUCUUUUCUGUCCAGAAAAGUAUUUCUACUUUUAUUUUGAAAGUUAAUGUGAGAAAAGCAUAAAGGAGAUGUCUGCUCUAAUUGGUGCAAUUAAUAUUGGACAAACAUUUUUGUCUAUAUCUAUAUAUUUACAUAUUUUGGAAUGGAAUUUAGUUCCUAAAACCAGAUUUUUUUUUUUAAGAUGAUGAAUACUUUGUUGGGCAUUUUCCUAGCUUUAGCCUUCUACUUACAACACUAACUCAUAAUUAAAGGCAGAAAUGAAACACUUAUUAUGAAGUGUUAAAAGAUGUAUUCCUCUUUCACCAUUUACUGCUAGCAGGGCUUUCGGUGCAUUUAAUGAUUGAGAACAUCUGACGGCUAUCACAGCAAUCCAACAGCUCUUCCACCUGACUGACAGUCAGAACACGAUCCACAGACCAAUAACUGUGAUUCAAUCCUCUAAAUCUGAAUCCAUCCUCAAACUCACAGUGAACGAUAGGAUGAUCAGAAACCAGAUUCACACGCUCACGGUCAUUGGUCUGACGGGAAGUUCCAGCAUCACAGAUGUUGGGUUUUAUAGAAUCCACAUAAACUCUGAUUAUUUCUCACACAUAUAUGGUUUACACUCCAAGAAGAACAUGUUUUUUUGAAUAUCUUAGCCUAAAAAGAUCAUAUUCAAGAAAAGAUAUUCAUAAUGUAUAAGAGACAAUUUAAUUAUGAACUAAACUAAAACCAUUUAUAAUACAAAACCUGGAAAACUUCACUGUUCAGUCCUGUUAGCUUACCUUCUGCUUUUUUUUUCUUUUUGAUGCCACGGUCAUCGGCACAAUCUUCAAGAUCAGCUGCCACCGCCCAAUUAAAAAAAAAAAUCAUUGGCAUAGUCAUGACAGGAGCAGUUGUCAGGCGUCAUUAGGAAAGUGGGUGCCAGGUGGGUGGUGGCAGCUCUGAUUGGACGAUGUGUCUCUGGAUGGCGGUAACUCUGGGGUAUAUUAAAAGUAGGCCAUUCUGCACCACUGGUUAUUCGUAACUAAGAUUUUGAGCUAACAGAUUAUGAAUUUGCAAAUUUACACAUUUUUCGACAACAUGCUUCCCAAGAAAGCACAAUGUUGCUUUCUUUAUAUUCUUCUUAGCAUCAACCGCAAUUCGUCAAUACGCAGGUCUCUGAGUCCAUAGUGAUGCUAUCAACGCCAGGAUGAGUUUUCUGCUGCAUCAAUGCUGUAUCACCAUUUAGACCCACAGUUUCUGUGAUUGCCACAUUGACGUCUGGUCAUUGUUGGUCCAUGUCAACAGCACUUGUCGAUGGUCUGUGCUGCUACCGUACGAUUUCUACCAAUCACAGUGGCAGUGGGACAGCAGCACAGGGGCAGGUGGGUGGCUGGACAAUAGAUCGGGCGAUCGUCAGACAAUUUUUGGAGACCUUUGAGAUCUUCCAAUCCAUCAAUUAUUGUGCUGCUGCCUUCCUGCGAAACUCCAAGUUGUGCGGUAGCAGGCGGGUGGCAGUCCAGUGGCAGGGAGGUGGCAUUCGAGUGGCAGGGAAGUGGCAGUCCAGUUGCAGUUCAGUGGCAGGGGGGUGGCAGGGAGUUGACAGUUCAGUGGCAGGGGGUUGGCAAUCCAGUGGUAGGUGGGUGGCAGUCCAGUGGCAGGGGUAUUGCAGUCCAGUGGCAGUUCAGUGGCAGGCAGGUGGCAUUCGGUGGCAGGGGAGUGGCACUCCAGUGGCAGGGAGGUGGCAUGGGAGUGGCACUCCAGUGGCAGUCCAGUGGCAGUCCAAUGGCAGGGAGGUGGCAGUCCAAUGGCAGGGAGGUGGCAGUCUAGUGGAAGGGAGUUGACAGUUCAGUGGCAGGGGUAUUGCAGUCCAGUGGCAGUUCAGUGGCAGGGGGGUGGCAGUCCAGUGGCAGGGGGAUGGAAGUCCAGUGGCAGGGGGAUAGAAGUCCAGAGGUAGUUCAGUGGCAGGGGGGUGGCAGUCCAGUGGCAGGGGGAUGGAAGUCCAGUGGCAGGCAGGUGGCAGCCCUGCCACUGUACUGCCACUGACUUGCCAACUUCGAAAUGUGCUUGGGUGGCCACUGACUAAUGUAAAAAAAGAAUCCGGUUGCCUUUCAAUCUGAACUUUUUCCUAAAACCGCACAGCAUGUAAAAAUGCAACCGCAACCACCCGAUUACAACGUCCACCAGUUGUGCUAAAAAAAACGUAUGCUUAGGUCAUUGCACUGUGGCAUUUUUGGAUAUGUGACCUUAAACUAACAAAACCAAAUUCUAUUUAUUUUUGAGCAAAUAAAAAAUUAAAUUUACUAAAAACGUAUCUAAUUUAUGUAUUUUAUAUAAAAUGUAAUUUUUCUGGAGUGCGACAAAGAAAAAGUUCCGAAUUAUGACAUCACAUCCUGCCACUUGAUUGUUUUAUUUAUUAUUUUUGCUUUUUUAGAUUAAACAAAAACCACUGUGUUAAAAAUAAAUAAAUAAAUAAUUUCUGAGCAAAAUGUUGCUUAUUACUAUAAAAGCAACUUUUUGGGCUAAUUCUGUAAGCUUCUUACCAAAUUAUUGUUUCGAUUUAUGAAUAUUUUGAACAGUGAAUUUUAAGGUUAUUACAAUUCAGAUAAUUUCACCUUUCUAAUAUCUAAUACUUACAAAAAAUACACAUUUAAUUGAAUUGAUUAGAGAAUAAAAGUAUGUUAUUAGUAUGUUAGUAUGUUAUUAAUAUUAAAGAUUAAACUAACAAAUUUGAAAGUUUAAACAUUCUGAAUGUCAUCUUUUCUGGAAUAUGGUCUUUAUGUAGAGUUUAGUUUGCAUGUAAAACUAACAGAUGUACAAUAAAAUAUUGUUGCUGUGGCACCAUGCAGGGCUGCUUUAUACCAUUUUUGUCAUAUAUCCAUCAUUGAAAACAGUUCUUUUGAGUCUCCACGCUAUAAGGGGCUUGAAGUUGGGCAACUCUGUUCAUUAUAAAUACUCAGGUGCCUUACAGUUUGAUUGUCAAAGAACUGUGUGAAUAUUUCUCCGGGUUGAGGUACGCGAGCGAGCUGCAACCCCCUUUCAGAGUGUGAGUUUGUACCGUCACAAAGGGCUGGAAACUGGUUGAGUUUAAUGAAUUUACAUUAUUUUACAGACUAAAAAACAUUAAGAAACUUUAGCACAAACAUGAUCUAAAACAAGUAUUUGGUGACACCUUUAUUCUUCCUUCUAUUUUUAAUGGCUUGCUUACAUCAUUUUCAGAAUAAAGGUAAAAUGUGAAUUGUGGAGAUGUGUGCUAUUGUGUUUUUAAGAAGGCGGAAAAAACUUGACCAGCAAAAAAGAAAAAAAAAAGUGCAAUAGUUUUAAAAAGAAGAGAAACGGCUCAUGUACAGCUUUUUACCUCAUGGUUGAAUGUUUUCAAAUUUGGAGAUUUCAUUGUUGUGUGUGUGUACUAUGCAGCAGUAUUUUCGGUUGCUGAUCAGCUGUUGUGUAUUGAAAGAAAAUGUGUCCGUUAGCUUCUCGCAAAACAGGGUAAAGAGAGACCAACUUUCGUUUGAAAUUUUACGCUGAUUGCUCACAACUUUUAUUUUGUUUAAUUUAACUGCUGCACUAAAGAUACACCUCACAAGAGUCUUUAUUGGUGCUGAAAUAACAUCUAUUUAUUCUUUCGUUUUACUGAUUUCAAUUCUGACAAUCAGCACAACCAUAUGUUCUGACAUUAUUGUCAUACAUGCUACGGCUCACAAAUGAUUUUUUGUCACAAAUUCUGUAUUUGUCGAUGCCUUAGGAGUCUGUUUUUACAAGCUGAGCAUUUGAUUCCAGCCUCACACGAGCUCGGUGUGAACGUCUGAUUCAAGCAAUAAAUCCAACAUUUGAUUCCCUCAACUUUUGCUUUUUUGGUUGACAGGUUCUGGAAGUUUUCUAUGAAAACUGACUAGUUUGGGGAAAGAAAACAAGUCAGUUUUUGUUAUUUUAGCUACAGCAAGAGUUCCUAUUGUCUUAGGGGUGUUUCUUUUUAAGAUGUUGCUUUGGUUAAAACCAGAAAUACAGCAUUUCAGUGAUUAAGGAGGCUGAGAACUCUGAUUUGGGUCUAUAAUGUCACAGAUUAUCACUUUUUUUUACAAUUUUUUUAGCAAAAAAUUCCAAGAAAUUGUAUCUUCAGACUCCUAAAUAUUUAUUCUUUUUAAUCCAUAAUUCCCCUUUAAAGGUAAAACACUCCUUUAAAUUCUUGGACUCUGAAGAAUGAAGAUUUCUCAACUGUUUAGGAAACACUUUGAGGGAUUUUAAACCUUUAAACUCGCCAGAUAACUGGAUUUGAUUCGGUUUUGACUUGUAAUUGUGAAGUCAGAGUGAAACAACUAAAAUUGAUUAUUUUUUUAAUUAUGACUCGUUAACCACAAACUUGACAUCUACCAAAAUUAUUAAAACUCAGCAUUAAUGUUAAAUAAUCAUUUUUAAAAAGAAAAGUUGGGAUGGCAUCAUGUUAGAUGAAAGCUUCUCUAUAUGUUCAUAAAAAAGGUUUUCUUAUGACUACUUUCACUUGGAAAGUCAUUUGUUUUGGGUUUGCCUUCAGACUAGAUUGACUCUUGGCGUCUUUUCCAGCUUUUCCAUGUUUUUUUUUCUUUUUUUAAACUGUCAGGAUCAUCCGUGUUUUACAAUUACAAAAAAGUGCAGCUUUGAUUUCCUUUGGUGGAGGAAAAAAAAAGUCUUGUGUCAUGGUUGUGGGUUUAAACCUUAAAGGGCCAAUUGUGCGUUUCCGGAGGUGAAUAAAAAAGAGUUACCUUAAAGCUAUUUGAAAUUUGUUAAAUAUAUCAAUACUGAUGAUGAACAUAAUGCCAAAUAUCCAGCAUUUGUACAGAAAUAUACAUAUAUAUAUAAAUAUAUAUAUAUAUAUAAAUAUAUAAUAAAUGCCUAAUUUAAUUGGAACUAUUUUUAGCUCUUGACCAUGUUUCUGUUGUUUAAUGUUCUUUGUCAGCAUUAUGUAAGAUCUUCAGAUAGCAUGCAGGAUAGUGGAAAUGAAUGUAUUAUUUUGUAUUUUCAUUGCUGACUAUUAGAACAGCAUUUUGGGUUUUUAUUUUUAACAGAAUACUUCAGUUUUUAAUUUAUCUAUAAAUAAAGGUGUACUUUUUUUUCUAUAAAUUCGUUGGACAGUUUUUAUCAUGUUACUUUCUGUUCUGAAAUCUUUGAAUAUUUUUGCCCUAACUGAAGUUAUCAACCAUCUGUUGUAAAUAUUUAUGCAAAUUAAACUUUUUUGAUUAAAACAG